GCCGCUCCUCACGUGACGCUGGGACUCGGUAGUUUACCCAGAAGCCCGCGCUUCUCUUUGAGGUCAAGAUGGCGGUGAGGGCACCAGCUUCAGCAAGCGGUCGACUGUUAGAAGGCCUUCGCAAAUGGUAUUACAAUGCAGCUGGAUUCAACAAACUUGGAUUAAUGCGAGAUGAUACCAUAUAUGAAAAUGAUGAUGUAAAAUUAGCACUGAAGAGGCUUCCAGAAAAUCUUUAUAAUGAACGACUGUUUCGUAUCAAGAGAGCCCUUGAUUUGAGUAUGAAACAUCAAAUUCUUCCUGAAGAACAGUGGGUGAAAUAUGAAGAGGAUAAAAAGUAUCUCGAACCAUACCUGAAAGAGGUAAUCCGUGAACGACUUGAAAGAGAAGAGUGGGACAAGAAGUAACUGCUGGGGAGAUGCUUCAUGCAAACUGCUGCAUUUCUUUCUGACAAAUAUUUUAGUGUUAUGAUAAAAAUCCGUUGGGAAGAAAAUCUGAGGCUGAAGAAACACUUUGUUCACUGAAUUUGUCAGUCCAACUAAAAUAAACACGUCAAAGUACAAAA